GUCCAAAUAAGUCCUGCUUGAAAGGUACAAAAAAAUUUAGAGAGAACGAAAAAAAUUUCAUUGUCCCCAGCUAAUCUCAUUCAAUCCACUCACUGCAACCACCGCCAAUCCAAAAGCGCCACAGCAAAUGCACCUCAACCCAAAAGAACAAGGUGAAAAAUUGGGUAAUGGAGGUUUUGGGACACUGAAUUUGGCAAUACCCUGAACAAAUGCUCUUCAAAUGCCUCUUUUGACAGAUUUUCUGCAAGGAAUUAUGCAAAGGGGUUAAGAAUGUCAGUAGAGGGGAUGAAGCUCGGAAAUUGUCGAGUUUCUAUCCUGAAAUUGGUCCACGUCGCGUGUUUUCGACAAAGACACCAGAAGCUUUGCUCACAGGGGUGACAGAUACUCCACCUAUCCUAUAUUUGAGAAGCCUGCUUCGCCUAGAAGUUUGUUUGAAGUAGUUGCAGAAGACCUUCUAAACACUGAACAAAAAUCUACAUUCAAUUGAAGGUGUUGAACCCAUGAGUAUCAGAUGGCCAAGGCAUCUAACACCUACUUAUCUCUCACAGCUGAUACGAAACCAGAAGAACCCUCUAAAGGCUUUGGAGAUCUUCGGUGAAGCAAAAAACAGAUACCCAAACUACCACCAUAAUGGUCCAGUAUAUGGUGCCAUGAUUGACAUCCUAGGAAGGUCAGGACGAGUGGCUGAGAUGAAAGAGGUAAUUUAUAGAAUGAAAGAGGAUUCCUGUGCGUGUCGAGAUUCAGUAUUUGCAGGUGCAAUUAAAACUUAUGCAAGAGCAGGUUUGUUAGAUGAAGCAAUUGCUCUAUUCAGAAGUCUUCCACAAUUCAAUUGUGUGGACUGGACAGAAUCUUUCAGUACUCUUUUGAGGAUGCUAGUGAAAGAAGACAAACUAGAAACCACUUAUCACCUUUUUUUAGAGAAUUCCUGCCGAUGGGAAGUCAAGUCUCUGACUCAUGCCCUGAAUUUGCUCAUGUAUAGUCUUUGUCGUAUACAUCGUUCUGAUCUUGCAUUGUGCAUUUUCCAAGAAAUGGAUAAUCUAUGUUGCUAUCCGGUCAGGGAAACAUAUUUGACUUUGAUGAGGGGUUUGUGUGAAGAUGGAAGACUCACUGAGGCCACCCAUUUGUUAUAUUCUAUGUUGUGGAGGAUUUCUCAGAAGGGCAGUGGUGCUGAUGUUGCAAUAUAUAGAACUCUGUUGGAUGCUAUGUGUGACAAUGGAGAGGUCCACGAGGCUGUGGCAAUACUUGGUAAAGUCUUGAAAAAAGGGCUCAAGGCUCCAAAGCGAUGCCAAAAACAGCUUGAUCUAAGCCAAGGAAAUCAUGAAUGUGAAGCAAGUACCCAUAAUGCAAAGGCAUUUAUCACCAAGGCUUUGAUCAAAGGCACAGUUCCAAGUUGGGAUGCAUACAGGUCAUUGGCGGUUGAUCUUUACUCUGAAGGAAAGAUUGAUAAGGGUGAUGAAGUGCUCAAAGAAAUGUACGACAGAGGAUUAAGACCAUCUUCAUUAAUUUACGAAGCUAAGGUCGCAUCAUUAUUUACAUCAGGAACGAUUGAUGAAGUGGUGGACGUGAUUGAUAUUGAGAUGGUGGAGAAUAGCUGUGUUCCAACUGUUAGGUUUUAUAAUACUUUAAUAAGAGGUCUUUGUAACAAAGGAAAAUCCGAUUUGGCUUUAGGGUAUUUUGACAAGAUGUCUAGGCAGGUUGCCUGUGUUCCUAACCAGGAAACAUACGAGAUUCUUGUUGAUGGACUAUGUAACGAUGGUAAAUACUCAGACGCUAGUCAGAUGUUGGAGCAGAUGCUAAUUCACUCUUACUGGCCCGGAGGUGAAACAUACACUAAACUUAUACAGGGACUUUGCCUAAUUGGAAGGCCGUAUAAAGCCGUUAUGUUGUUGGAGGAGAUGAUUAGCCAAGCUAAGAUACCACAAAUUUCUGUAUGGGGUUCACUGGUAUCUUCUGUUUGUUCUGAGAGCCUUGAAAUCGAAAGGUUUCUUCUAUAACACUUGAGAGAUUAGAAGUCUUUGAUAGUUACCUAUUUGAAUAAUUUGCACAAAUUAAUGUUCUUACAGGUACUAAAACUUGCUCAUUUUUUGACAUUUAAAUUUGGAUGUAAUAAAGCCAGUUAUUCACAA